CUCACUACGAAUUUAGUUGACAAAGUGGAUAGAGCAUCGAACAAGCUCCUUAAUUUCACAAUUGACAUAAACUCAGAAAUCAUCCAUAUGGUACAUGAAGAUGAUAGCGGCAUAAAGAAAAUUUACCGACAAGAUCAAGGCAAAACUAUUGUUAAAGACACAGACGGACUCACAGAUGUUCUAGAUUUUGAAGAAAUAACUAAAACGUUGAAUGAUGACGUAGAUCUAGAUUUAAGUGAUAAUGAGUUGGACAUAAAUGAUGGAAGCCCGUUUAUAGAUAGAGCAAAAACCUUUAAUGUUGAAGAAUUGUUCAGAGGAAAAAUCGAUAAUGAUUUAAAUGAUAACAGCAAUAAGAAUAUAAAUAAUGAUAUUGGAGACAUUAUCAGCAAAGCUUUUAAAGGGAAAGAUAAAGUUUGUAUUAAAAAGUCGAAUGAUAAUGUAAAUAAUCUUAUUGCCGUAAAAAAUGAAGAUACUAGCAGCACGUUUCGUGAUGCGGAAGAAGUGCUUAAAGCAAAUAUUAAUGAUCUACCAUCAGAUUUAACAUUUAAUGAUGUUUCAAUGAAUGCUAAUGAUUUAAAUGAUAAUGAUUCUAAUCUAGUUGAUACUUUCAAUAACUUUAUCCUAGACCACGACUAUUUCGAUGAGAAAUUUCUGCUUGAAACUGGUGAUUCUGAAUUUGUGAAAAAACAUGUCAUUUCUAAAAAAACUGAUGAAGAUUCUUUACUUAGAGAGAUAAUACCUAACGUGAAUAAUAAAGACGAAAAACUUACCUUCAAAGAACGACAUUCUAAUAAAACUAAGAAUAAGAAAACAAUCAACCCCGUAAAAAAUCUUUUUAAACUGAAACUUAUUAAUAAAGGAGCUAAACCAAACAAUGGCAAAAAUAUUCCAAAAGCGUCUAAUAAUAAAAAUGAUAAAUCAUUUAAAAUUGAAGAUGAAUCAACAUCAAACGAAAAAUCUACUUCAGUACCAAUAGUAACUAAAGCAGAACUACCAAUUGAUGAUAACAUUAAACCAGAAUUGUCAAAAGAAUUUAUAAAAUUUGGAUCUGAUUUUAACUUUAGGAUCUUUGAGCUAAGCAAAGAAGAGCAGUUGGAAGAAUUGCAGAAGAAGAGAGAAGGAGCACUGUAUGUAAGCGCGCCGUACAAAUGUGUUGAUUGUGCGAAAGGCUUCAAGACAAUGACGACAUAUGAAAACCAUUUAAAAGUGCAUCAACCGAGUUACGGUCCAUUCUCGUGUGACAUCUGCCACUCACGGCACAAGUCCGAGGCCCGUCGGCGCCGCCACACCGACACGCACCGCUUCAAGUAUUGCUGCACGCGCUGCGAAGUCGUUGCUAGAUCCAGGCAAGGAUACAUGAGUUUACAUGUUUCGCAACUGGAGCGGGCGGAGGAGCAUUUCCACUGGCACGCUGGCAAGACGUUCCCGUGCCAAUACUGCGGCGAACAAUUUGGGAAGGCUUCGACCCACCUAUCACACAUACGUCUGCAGCACCCGGCCGCGUGCGUGUGGUGCGCGCAGUGCGGGGCGCCGUGCGUGGGAGCGCUGGGGCUGCGCCAGCACGCGCGCCGCCGGCACCCCACGGUGGCCAACAGCGAGGACUCCGUGGAGUUGUACUGCUUCACCUGCCGCAUACAGUUCCAGAACUCAGACGCCUAUCUUCGACACAAGGAGGUGUCGGGAUCCAGCUGUCAUUCUGAUCUACGGUAA